CACCCUCUCAUACAAAUAUAAGCCCCCAAAGCGGUGGCCAACCGAUCACAUUCAUUUCGUCGCCAGACAGAGCAACAUGGCUGGGUUGGCGGUAAUCCUGGGACUGGGCCUUCUGGCUUUGGUCAGUGUUAAUGCUGAAAUGACCAACAUAUUUGCCAUGACCAAUACGAAGCUGCUCACCGAGCACUUUGCUGGUGGGGAUCAUUACUCGAGUGUUUUCAACACCAGACGCUUGUCAGUGGAGUUCUUUGAGCACUACUCCAAUGUGACUCUAGAGGAUCUCACGGCGAACUCGAGGCUCCCCUCGUUGCAGGAUCUGGAGUGCCUGACGGAUCUGGCCCUCCUGUCCAAGGAGCUUUCGUCCUCCAAGUUCUGGGCCCUGAAGAUGAUUGACUCCUGGGGCCUGCUGCCUUCGGGAAUGCUGGUGGGCAACUUCUGGAACUUGGGCAACUUCGACGAGUGCAUUGCAAUAGACCAUGCUGUGACCAGCAGUCACAGCAUCAAGGGCAAGUACUGCAUCUCCAAGGUGGCACCAGCUCCAACUGCGCUGCCCAUAUUAGCGCUCAAGUCAGCUGUCUGCUUUCCGGCCUCCUGUUCCGCCGCCAACAUGGACACUAUGCUCCGCAGGCUCUUCCAGCAGCUGCUCAGCGUGGAGAUUGGUCCAGAUGUGACGAUCGUGGCAGAGGAGACGUGCCAGACUGCAGUGAAGAAGCCGUACGAUGGCCUCGCCAUAUUCACCAUAGUGAUCGUAUCGAUUUUGGGUGCUUUAGUGGGUUCCUGCACUAUCUUCGACUAUUUCGUUUGCAAGGAUGCGAAAACCAUCCAUCCAGUGGUGAAAGCCUUCUCGGCACGAGCAAACUCGCGUGCCCUAUUUCGCAUUGUGGACACCAAGGCGAAUCCCAACGUCAUCGAUUGUCUUCACGGGAUCCGCUGCCUGUCCUUCAUCUGGGUGGUCUACGGUCAUGAGUACAUGGUGAUUGCCACGUCGCCCAACAUUAAUAUGGGUUACCUUCUGACGUGGCUCAACUCCUUCUACAGUCUGUUUGUAAAACACGCGGUCUAUGCUGUGGACUCAUUUUUUUUCCUGAGCGGUCUGUUGCUCGUGGUGAUUGCCCUGCGAUCAUUGGAAAGAACCAAGGGCAAGCUCAAUAUACCCCUGAUGUAUCUGCAUCGGUAUCUGCGACUCACCCCCAUCCUGGCCAUUGCCAUACUCUUCUACGUGAAGAUCCUGCCGCUGUGGGGAAGCGGGCCACUUAAGGGAUCGAUAGGCUUUGAUGACUACUCGGCGUGCGAGAGCACCUGGUACUGGACACUCCUCUAUGUGCAGAACUAUGCGACUGACAGCCUGUGCCUAAGUCAUUCCUGGUACCUGGCGGUGGACAUGCAGCUGUACAUCUUUGCACCCUUCCUCCUGAUCUGCCUGUACAAGUGGGGAAAGAAGGCGGCCGCCGGAAUCUUUGUUCUGAUGCUCCUUCUGGCCGGCUGCCUCUUCAGCAUCAUGGUCAUCAAUAAUUUAUCGCUCGGAAGCGGCGGUGAUUCGAUGAGGAGGCUCUACUACGCCACACAGACUCGUGCCUCUCCCUACCUCAUAGGCAUCCUGUUCGGCUACUUCCUUCACAUCAACCGGGGCAAGGAGUUCAAGCUGAAUCCCCUGGCUGUGCUCCUGGGAUGGCUGAUUGCGUUGUCACUGCUAGCCAGCUGCCUGUUUGCGGUCUAUGGUCAGAACACGUUGCCCAUUGUGGAGGAGGCCUUCUACGUAAGCCUAACCAGGAUCGCCUGGCCGCUCGGUCUCUGCUGGGUGGUCUUCGCCUGCAUGCACGGCUACGGAGGACUGGCCAACAGCUUCCUCUCCUCUCCCCUGUGGCAGCCGCUGUCCAGGCUAUCCUACUCCGCCUACAUCUUCCACAUGUUCAUCGAGAGCUUCAACGGUGGAAUCACGCACACUAGUACCUACUUCAGUGACUAUCAAGUGAUGCUUCGAUUCUGGUCGGACUUUGGCUUCACCAUUCUGUUCUCGUACCUCAUGCAUAUCCUGAUCGAAGCGCCCUUCGCCGCUCUGGAAAGCCUUUUGCUGCCCGCAAAGAGGCCAAGUUCCAAGCCAGCCGCGCUGGUGGAGCCCAGGAUGCCGGAGGUGAAGGCAACAGUCGAAGAAUCUCCGGUAGAGGAGCCUGCGCAAGCGACAUCCACGAUACCCGACGAAUAAGCGUUUCCGAUUCCAAACCGAUUCUUGAUCAAAAUCACUAGACGAUUUGAUAUAUUUAUGUCCAUCUGUCCGUCCGUAUAAACUAUAUAAGCUAUAAAGUUCGAUUCAGAAUGCAGAUACGCCUAAACUUUUUUUGAAUUUUUUAUUUUAUUAUUUGUCUGCGAUUGGGAAACAUCAUUCUUUCCAAGGCCUCCAGAGGCGCCUCAAUUAAAACGUAGAGCACGUAGGUCACCAGCAGGGUGAAGCCAAAGGUGGACCAGAAGUUGAGCAUCUGUGGAGUGGGAAGUGAAGCGAUCAAGUCCAACAGGAAUUUCGAGUGACCCUGCCUGCCGCACAGUUACCAUUUGAUAGUUGGAGAAGUACGUAUUGGUCUGAACGCUUCUGUUGGCGACUUCCAUGACGAAGAUGUGCCACAUGUAGGCGCCGUAGGAGAGCUUGGACAGCGGCUGCCAAAGUGGUGAGGAGAGGAAGCUGUUGGCCAGACUUCCAUAGCCCUGCAUGCACGCAAAGACCACCCAGCAGAGACCGAGGGGCCAGGCGAUCCGGACCAGUGUGUAGUAGAGGGCUCCUUCCAAUAUCGUGGGCGAUUUGCCCAGCAGCUUCGAGUACGGAUACAAGGCGAAGAUCGAAGUGAAGAGCAGGGCCAGGCUGAGCAGCCAGCCUGCCCAGACAGCCAGGGGGCUGAGCUUGAAUCUCCGGCCGCGGAUAAGAUGCAGAACAUCACAGUGAAGUCAUUCACCAUUAUGGUGGAAAACAGGCAGGCCGAGAGCAACAAAGUGACCACCAGGAUACCACCGGCCGCCUUCUUGCCCCACUUGUAGAGGGCGAUCAGCAGGAUCGGGGACGGAGGUACAGUUGCAUGUCCACCGCCAAGUACCAGGUAUGCGGCACGCACUGAGGAGCAAUAUUCAAUCCAUAGUUAGAUAGUUACAACUAAUGGAUACUCUUCACUGCAAUGGCAAUGGUACCACCGAACUUACAUAGAUGGCGCCAACGAACAACUCAAGUGAUGCAGGCGCCAUCUAUCGGAGUGACCUUCUAUUCGCUAACUUCUAAGGCAAUAUACACCAUCGAGAUCUUGGCGUUGAUACAGAGCCAUGCUGAUACGGACGGACUAGAUUGGCUUGUCUACUUCUACUGAUCAACUUGGACUUUCAACUCACCACAUCGGAAGUUGCGUAGUUCUGCACGUAGAGAAGGGUCCAAUACCAGGUCUUCUUGCACGCGGAGUAUUCGAAGAAGCCGAUGUCAUCAUACAUUGGACCGUCGGCGAAGAGGGGUAUCAUCUUGUAGAAAAACAGUAUGGCAAGGGCCACGACCGGGGUAAGGCGCAGAUAUCGGUGCAGAUACAUCAGCGGCACAUUCAGCUUUCCCUUGUUCCUGGAGGCAUGGAGAACGUUAGCCUGCUCACAGAUCGAUUCCCGUACAAGUUGACUCACUUUUCCAUGCUUCGCAGGCCAAUUGAAACCAGCAGCAAGCCAGCGAUGAAGAAGAACGUGUCCACCGACAAGGUGCCGUAGAGUAUGAAGCUCGAGAAGAGCUGCGACGCCCAUAUCAGGUUGUCCACUGGAUUCAUGGAAGGACCCUUCAUGUUGCCAAUGUACUCAUGGCUGAAGAACACCCAGAUCAGGGACAUGCACCGCAUGCCAUUGAGGCAGUGGAUCACAUUCGGAUUCGCCGAGUUCUCCACGAUGGUGAACAGCGAGCGCGAAGUGGCACGGGCUGAGAAGGCCCUGAUGGGACGGGGCAGCUUUUCUGCGGGUAGACAUAGAAACAUAGUACAUAUCUAUAUAGGCUGUAAUCCGAUUGAAGCCAGCUCUACUUACCCUGCUCCGGGCACAAGAAGUAGUCGUAGAGGGUGCACAGGAUCACCGUGGCGCCGAAUACGGACAGUAGAACGCUGAUGGGAGUCAGUUAGUAUGGAUAGAUCAGCUGGGAUGUGUCAUGGCACUACUCACACUGUGAAUAUGGUGAGCCCAUCCCAGGGUGCUUUAUCCUUGGUUCGGCACGAUGACUUGCUGAUGGAAAACAAGUUGGUCACAUCACUGACGCCAAGCAGCCGCUUGAGCAGUUGCUUUAGGUACAGCUCCAUGUUGCUCGCCGAGCAGGAGGAGGGCAGGCACACAGUUCUUAUGCUGAUCUCCUUCAGCAGCUCCGAAUUGAAGCCCAACCACUUGGCGACCGGCAGCUCCAUGAAUCAGUACUUUCCCUGGAUGUCCUGCGAUGAGGUGAGCAAUCCGCCCUCGGACAUGCACUCCCUGUAGUUGCCCAUGUCGACGCGGUCCCAUGACUGUGGUAUUCAUACGAAAUGUUCGCCAAAUUGUUGGUCAGUUAGUUGUCUGUCGCUGCCAUUCCGACAUUCGAAGUCAAGCGCUUUUCGGGACAGUUUUAGAUUUUGACAUGCAAUACUUACAUCUCGAUAUCCUGUGGUUUUCCCAGCUUUUGCUGAGAAAUGGAAAUUCGAACGAGUUUUCACUUUCGUCUAGGUGCCCAGCCAAAAGUGGAGGGGUGUGGCACGGACUGGUUUUCGCAUGAGUUUUGGACCAGAUUCGCAUUUCUUGGUUAUGCAACAGCCACACAUCAAGGUUACAGCGAGAAGGAACGCCCAAGGCAACGAACCGACUAACAGAUACCCAGCACUGUGAGUGAGUGCUUUGAAUGGUGGUGAGUGCCAUAUGUAAGAACUUCUAUACAUGUAAGAAGUAGAUCAUAAGAGCUUAAACUAUGACUUAAACUAGAUUAUGCUUAGCUGCCACUAAGAACUCAUUUGUGAUGAUUGCUUAUUUGGAAAGACCUGAACAACCGGUACAGCAGUCCAAAUCUAAUUUACAUGCAGAACUCAGGCCGCAAGAGUCAAAACUUUGGUCAAAACUUUCGGAAAAUCGAAGGUCCAAACUGGUUUUUCCCCCAAUUCGAUGCGAAUUGCAAACGAGAGGUAACCAUUGUCCAGUUGCGCCAAUGCUUGAAAAACCAAAAGCUGUUAAUUACUCUGGAAAUGAUUAAAUAUAUAUCUUGAAAAUCAAAUGCAACAGCCGCAGCCAGACCGAAAUUGAAAUUCAUAUUAUUAUGAGAGCAAAUCGUGACAGCCCCCCUAUUUUCGGCACAGUGGUACAAACUUGGCCAAUAAGUCAACGUAUAUGUAUUUUACCCAUUAGUAAGCACACUUCGUGGAAUCUGAAGACACCUGGAAUAGUCUGAUAACCCUAAUUGUUCCAUGAACUGUUUUGAGGAA